AUAACAAUAAAUAUUCAAUUAAAAAUCUAAACUUGAUAGUUUAAAGACAGAUUAAAAACAAUAAUCUAUUAGAUUUUAAUAAAUUAAUUUAUAAAAAUUUCCGGCAAAAUGUUAAUCGUAAUCAAGAAAAUUCCCGGAAAUGAAUCUACAAUUGAGGUUGCGGACAACUCGACGGUCAUCGAUGUCAAGCAAGUGGUGGCCAAACAACUUGAUGUACCCAUUGGUCACCAAAAACUGGUUUUCAAAGGAAAAACAUUAUCAGACAAUGUGCCACUAAAAGAGUAUGACAUCAGCGAAGGCGUCAAAAUUCAUUUGUUUGUCACUGAAUCCAAUCAGUCAUCGGCUGAUGACUCACAGCUAUCGUCAUCUACAACAACAGCGAAGAGUUUAUUUUGGGAUCAAUUGACGCAAGCAUUGCAAAAGUAUUAUACAAAGUCGGACACCGUUAAGAUUGUCGACGAGUUUCGUCGUCAGCUUCAGUCAGAAGUAAAUCAGAUGAGUCUCGACGACAUCGAAAGGUUGGCUAAACAUAAGUUAGUCCAACAAAGACAACAAUCUUAAGACU